AAGAAAUUACUGUUAAAUUGAAUUGAUUUAGAUAGUUAGUUGAAGCUAAUUAAUGCUCUAAAGGAAAUUGGAGGAUUCGAAUUUUUGCUUUGGAUAUUUCACUAGCAACUAAAUUUAAACAAACUGGUACAUAAUUCCAUCUUCCAUGCACAUAUUUAGAGAUUUAAUCCAUCCAAUUCUAUAUUGUUUAUUCAAUAGAUUCUUGGAUUGGAAGGAAAACGAUUACAAGCCAAAAUCUCGAUUGCAAAUUUCUCUCUAGGAAGAUAAGGAUUAACAACUCUUGAUGACGCACAUUUGAUGUACCAGUUAUCAUGCCUAUGAUAAACUUUGGCCAGCAUUACUAAGCGGAUAGCUGUUGUGCUUUCAGGAAUAAUUUGUUUCUCAUGACUACCAAAUUAGGAGUAAUGCGAUGGGCAAUUAAAAGAGGAUAUUCUGGCUCUAGAUAUGAAUUUGGCAGUAAAUUGAGAUUAUGGUCAUAAGUUACUCGAGCAAGGCGAAUGGCAAUUGCAUAUGCAUGUCCAAAUUAUGAAAAUGACCAUACAACAACCAAAGAAAGAAUGCAAAUGUAGGUGGGGAUGAUAAUUUGUACUGCCCUACAUAAAGAAUAACAUGCCCAAUUCAGCGGAGGAGCUAAAAUUUUUACUAAUUGGAUUCAAUAGAUAAGAAGUUAUCACAUAAAGAAGAAGCCAUGGGAAUUCAACGAUAUUUACUAUAUAAUCACAAAAAGAGAUUAAUGUUGAUUCUCUAUAUGCAGUUUACUAUUUCCGAGAAAGAGAAUUCGGAUGAAUCCUCUAACGGCCGGCCCCAUCAUCCCAUAACGACAUUGAUAUUCAAUUCUUUCCUCCACAUCCCAUAAUAUUUUUCAAUUUUUUUUUUUUUUUUAAAAAAGAGGAAAUCUUAGGUUCUUGGCUUCUUAGCCAUUUGCUUUUAAUUCCAGGGAAAAGUAACACUGCAACAUUGAAUCUCCAACAUACAAACCUCAUCUACAAUGGAUUGAAGCUCUCAUUUGCUUAGCCAUCACUUUCAAUACUGUCUAUUGGAUUGGUUAUAUGUAAGAGUACCCGUAGUAGCAAAUGAUCAAGGACCCAUCCCACUAGCUGUACUAUUAAUACUAGUGAGUAAAGAGAGUAGUAUAAAGGCAAACAAAAGCUAAAGGAAGCUCACUGAGAUAUGUCAACUGCUUCCAUUAACAAUUGCCUUACUAUCUCCCCUGCUCAAGCUUCCCUCAAGAAACCUACUCGCCCCGUUGCUUUCGCAAGGCUUAGUAACUCUUCUUCUUCUUCUUCUUCUAUUCCCAGUCUCAUCAGAAACGAGCCCGUCUUUGCUGCCCCUACUCCCAUCAUCAAUCCCAUUUUGAGAGAAGAAAUGGCAAAGGAAUCCUACGAGCAGGCCAUUGCUGCACUCGAGAAACUCCUCAGCGAGAAAGGAGAACUUGGACCAGUAGUUGCGGCAAGAGUUGAUCAGAUUACUGCUGAACUGAAAUCAUCAGAUGGCGGCAAAGGCUUUGACCCCGUUGAGCACAUGAAAGCUGGCUUUAUUCAUUUCAAGACUGAGAAAUAUGAUAAGAACCCAGAAUUAUAUGGUGAACUAGCAAAGGGCCAGAGCCCCAAGUUCAUGGUUUUCGCAUGCUCUGACUCUCGAGUGUGCCCGUCCCAUGUCAUUAACUUCCAACCUGGUGAGGCAUUCAUGGUUCGUAACAUCGCCAACAUGGUGCCUCCUUAUGAUAAGAUUAGAUACUCUGGGGUGGGAGCAGCGAUCGAGUACGCUGUUCUCCAUCUUAAGGUGUCGAACAUCGUUGUCAUUGGCCACAGUGCAUGUGGAGGUAUCAAAGGUCUCAUGUCUCUACCCGAAGAUGGUUCUGAAUCAACUGCCUUUAUUGAGGAUUGGGUGAAAAUUGGUUUACCCGCCAAGGCCAAAGUUCUAGAGGAACACGGGGAUAAAGAUUUUGCAUAUCAAUGCAAAGCUUGCGAGAAGGAAUCUGUGAACGUUUCACUUGCAAAUCUGCUGACUUAUCCAUUUGUGAGAGACGGUUUGGUGAACAAAACAUUGGCAUUGAAGGGAGGUUACUAUGAUUUCGUGAAUGGAGGGUUCGAGCUGUGGGGACUUGAGUUCGGUCUUUCUCCUUCUCUUUCCGUAAAAGAUGUGGCCACUAUACUGCACUGGAAGCUCGUGUAGAGACAAAGGGAUCGAUCAUCCAGCAAAGAGAGAAUUCCCAGAUUUAAUCUGUUAUUUGAACCAAUAUUUAUUGCUCAUGUAGACCAAAAAUUGGCAGUAAUAAUAAAUCUACGACACUCCUUUCCGCUACAA